AUGGCUGGUGCAAUCAACCUAGGUGACACAAUAUCACUCAACAACAACAAUAACAUCAACAAUGACGACAACAACAACAACAACAACAACAUCAACACCGACAACAAUAACAACAAUGACAAAGUAAACACCAAUGAUAUCAACGACGACGACAAUGUCAUUGUUAAAAGACAGCGUGAACAUGAUCAGAGAAUGCUUCAAGAGGCCAUCGAUCAACUCGGCUCAAGAAACUUGUUUGAAGAGAUGCACGACGACUUUAUCAAUAACUUCAUGCCCAAGAUAAUGAGACGACGUCAAAAGGCAGCACAGCAAGAGAGACGAAGAGCAAAGUAUGAGACGGUAAAGACGCCGACGAAUACUGAAGAGGUAGCAAGCCAUUCAUCACCGAGUGUUGUUAUGAUUGGGUCAGAAGAGAUGUACAUUAGUGAGGCGAUCGAUGCAAUUAGGAGUCAACAACAACAACAACCACAGGAUGCAACAACAGCCAUUGCACCAUCACUCGAUACACCACUGGAAACACAAUCACUGACGGCCACCGUUGAACCAGUCGUGACUGCGACUGCGACUGCGACUGCGACUGCGACUGCUACUGCUACUGCUACUGCUACUGCUACUGCGACUGCUACUGCGACUGCGAGCAAGUACCAAUCAAAGAAGAUCACACGAAAUGAAUUGGGAUUGCUGUUGGCUGGUCAGCUCGAACACUUGGACCUGUCCCCACCAGGCAUCGAGAGUGAGAGACUUUUGAAACGCCUGCUAGCCUGUGUGGACAUUGGCUCACUGGCAACAAACAUCGAUGAGGAGGACAUCGCACGCAAAGAGAUAAUGGCAAAGAUGAUGUCGCCAGAAGACUGCGUGGCAUUGGCCGCCAAGUGCCAACAGAGAUUUGAUCAAGCGCGCAAGCACUACCUGGACGGCCUGUACGAGGCUGCCCUCCAAGCCUUUAACGAGAUAGACGAGCGACAUGGACUGACCAACGUGUUCCUCGGAAAUAUGUACUACUUUGGCGUGUUUGUCAAGCCGGACAUGGCAAAGGCCCGCCACCAUUUUGAGCUCGCAGCGCAGGGCAGACAGGCCGUGGCCUAUGGCAUGCUGGGCGAGAUGCAUCUCAAGGGCGUGGGCGUGCCAGCCAUCGAUGAGGACACAGCCCGCCUCUACUUUGACAUUGCCGCAUCGAUGGGACUGCGAUCCUCGAUGGAGCAGCUGGUCUACAUGAUCAUCAACGACAUUGGCGGCUACUUCAAUCUCACAAAGGCCACACAUUAUCUCAAGAAGCUGGCAUUCAUGGGUGACACGCAUGCCACCGCCACGCUCGGCUCGCUGCUCUACGACCUGCCGACCAUGAAACAUCUCGGCAUCCUGCUGUGGUCGUCGGCCGCGCAGUACGGCAACAGCGACGCAUUGUUCUAUCUUGGACGCUACUACUUCACACGACAGCAACCCAACUACCAACACGCCUACGAACUCUGGAGCAGGGCUGUCGAGCAGGGCCAUGCCGAAGCCCAAUACUACCUGGGCAGCAUGUAUGCCGAAGGUCACCACCUGGAGCAGAACUACGAGACAGCGCACUCUUUGUACCUGAAUUCGGCGAGUCAAGGUCACCCUGGCGCACAGUACGAACUUGCCAAGAUGUACCUCAAUGUUGGAACACAAGAGGCUGUUGAUGAAGCGAUUGGAUGGCUCGAACUAGCCUCAGAGCAAGGAGAGAUUGGAGCACACGAGUUGCUUCAAACUGUCCAAAGUCAUCUGCAACACACACAGAAUGCGUCUGAUGAGCAUGCGGCCAGUUGA